UUCUUCUCUUCCGCCAGAUGACAACCGCCAUGUCAUCACAGACUUUAGACAAACUGACUGACGAACUUAAACAGGCUUACAAUGCUGUUCUGCUCCAGGUUUUUAAAGAUUUGGAGGCAGAGCAGCGGGCUGAACUUUAUUAUUACUUUACCGCGCACAUAUCUAGAGAUACCUUGCACAUUCUUCGCUCUUUGGAAGAUGCUGGCAAAGUUUCCUGGUUAGACGUAACUUCCCUGAAGAAAGCUUUGACCGAGAUAUCAAGAUUGGAUCUAGAGAGGAAGGUAUCCCGCUACGAAAUCAAGAGGAAUCUGACAAUUCUUCUUAAUUUCUAUGCAGAGAUGAAGCUUGAAUUACAACCAUGCAGCCUCUCUAAAUCGGUGGAAUCAGUAGCUCGAUGUUUGCUGGACCUCAUGACGGCCAUAGUUCGAGAUGGAUUUGACGUAAACAUCGUUAGAUCAUUGACAGAACCGAUAAAAGGGACGAAGAAAGUGUUGCUGGACUGGGAGAGGGCAAUCGAACGUGAGCUGUCAUAUCCAUGGGAUAGGGUGACUAUCCUUGUCCUCAUCACCGGAGAAAUGAUUGCCGAAGCUUUGGCGAACGCAGGUCUUAGCUACACUCCAGAAGUGCUGAAUAUGUCUUCUACCUUGGCUGAUAUGAUUUGCACUCGGAUGAUAGAACAGGGAAGCUGGGAAGAGUUCUGUGAGCAUGUGAAAGAACGUUACAACCCGGUGGGCGGUCAACAGCCGAAUGCAAUGAUAGAUGAAGCGGUGCAACAGUUAAAGAGGACCCCUUUUUUUCAGUAGAAAGAAACUUUUACCUUUACCAUCUUUAAUUUCUCUUUAAGUAGUCUACAGCAGAAAAAUAUAGCAAUACAAUCAUGGAAAAAUUGAC